GUCCAGGGGAGUACAGUUAAACAUUGUACUCCAGCAGGUUGGAGCAAGUGAGUGCGACCUGGCAUUAUAGAUUAUUUAAAAAAAAGUUCAGUUUAAAUCAAGUAUCAGGAGGUAAAUAGGCAUAACGUUACACAGAUGUGAUUAAAGUUAUCUUUUAGAUAAUAUAGUGUAUUUUGAGGAGCUUUGUUUUUAUGGAAACAGGAGGAAUCGGGUCUGCUGUGCUUCAGUAAACUACGGUUUUUCUUCGACUUUGUACAAAGGAGUAUCUGUCCGCUCUGCUGCAGGUGGAUAACUGCGCUCAGUUUCAUUUUUGACAAGGUGAGGCGGAAGCGAGGAAUCAACCUGCUCGAUGUUUCCCGUUUUGCUUCUAUCACCUGAAUGCUGUUCAAGAUGGGAGAUAAAUCCACACAGUGAAUGUUGGAACUAAUGAUGCACCCAAGCUGAUGCCCCAAAGUCCCAUGUCUGCCCUCACUUUGCCCUGCUGGUCCCGGGUAAAGAUGGCAGUGUGUCCGGAUGUGCUGGCCAUGCCUGGUGUUGUGGUCAGGAGUGUUUUACUGCUGGUACUGAGCAGUAAUCCUGUGCUGGGGAAUUAUACUAUGCGUGCAAGUGCCACCCGUUCUAAUAGCACUGCUGGCCCCAACAUUGCAGCUAUCGUGGCCCCUACGGUCACGCUGGGUGUUCUGGCCAUAGUGUUGGCUGUUCUCGGCUGGCUCCUUUGCGUGGUGAAAAAGAGGAGACAGACUGAAGGGACGUAUAGACCCAGUGCUGAGGAACAGUCUGGUGCGCACGGCGUGGCGGUGCCAGAUGCACUAAAGUUACCAAAGGAGGAAAGACUCAUUUGAGGAUAAGCAUUCUUGUGUGACAUGGCUGUCUCCCUUGAGAUGAACAAUGAAAGAAACAUCUCCCAAGGUUUAAGAGAGGACAGAUUGCCAAGUUUGACACACCAUGACUUGAUUUAUUUACUUACCGCUUUCAUUUCAACAAACAUCGAAUGGUUCCUGAUUGGCCCGAUGAAGAAAUCCACUUGGAUGUACGGAUCUAGCUGAUUUUAAGAACGAUUUCAAGAUUUCAAGGAGGUUUUGAACAUUUCUUCCGCACAAAUGAAACAAGAACUUCAGUAUUUUAUCUCCACUAAUCAUUUUAGUUUAGAGAUGUUUUUCUUGUUACAGUUGCCAUGUACCUUGAUUCAGUCUAUUAUGAAAUACUGUCACUGGGAAAACCAAAUCUUUUACCUCAAACUCUUUUUUCACUACUGAGAGACCCGAUGAGUCCAUUGCAUUUUAAAUUACGACAGAUAUUUUGUACCCUAAUAAUAAGUGAAAUUAAACAUCUUAUUACAGUGCAAACACUCUUGAUUUUUAUAGACUGCUGUACCUUUUUAAAAAUGAGGUUUUACUGAGAAAUGAUAUUGAGAAAAAGCAAGCAAUUGUUUACCCUUCAAGUAUUCCUUCAGUACUAAGUCACAUUAUUUAAAGAUCAUUUCAUUGGAUCAACCAUGCAUUGCAUAAUGCAUCAAAAUCAAGCAGAUGUUUUACAAUGUUACAUGUUUAUUUAUGCUUUUGUCAAAUAAAUGUUUGUAAAAUAGUUGAAUAAUUAAACUUCACAAAGCAUUUUAAAGCAUCUCUGAGGACAUUUCCUCUGUUCUAAAAGAAGGAGUUUUUCUUAUUCAUUUUACCAAAGGUAUAAUUCAGAC